UUAAAGAUGUUAAUUUCACAGAUUUCAUUUUGUUUCUCUCCUCCCACCAUUACCUCCUCAUACGCAACCCUAAUCAAAUCUAGGGUUUUCUAUCCGUUCCUAAAAUCUAGAGCUACUGUUUUUCACAGAAACGUCUCAUCAACUAAAAUGAGCAGUGUUUCUAACGAAGAAUCGUUCUCUAUUCCUUCUGAAACAGUAAAUAAUGUUGAAGAAAAUAAGCCAAAUUCUGAUGUUGUUGUUCAGUAUGUAGUACUUAGAAGAGAUUUAAUUGAUUCAUGGCCAUUAGGUAGUGUGGUAACCCAAGGUUGUCAUGCUUCUGUUGCUGCAAUUUGGUCUAACAAAGAUGAUGCUCAUACCAUUGAUUAUUGUUCCCCUGACAAUAUUGAUUCGAUGCAUAAGGUAACUUUGGAGGUUAAGGGAGAGACCCAAAUACAAAACCUAUCGCAGAAACUAACAACCAAUGGCAUUGCUCACAAGCUUUGGAUUGAACAACCAGAAAACUUUCCAACUUGUCUCGCAACAAAACCAUACCCAAAGUCUGUUGUUUCCUCAUUUUUCAAGAAUUUGAAGCUCUGUAAGUGAUGGUUCUGGGAUAUCUCUUUGUUAUGUUGGUGAAAUAGGGUUACCAAGGCUUCAUGGCUGACAGAGAAAUAGCAAGUACACAAGGCAAAGAACUAUAUCAGAGAUUCUGGGCAUGCAUUUUUUGCUGGUGAGGUCGAAACAAUUGCAAGUGUUCAAGCAAAUAGAACUCUCAUUUUGUCAGUUUUAAAAAUGAACCAUUAGCCUAACUGGCUUACAACUUAAGAGCAACAAUCUUCUCCUUUCUUUUGUUUGUUUUUCUUGCCGUAAGGCUCUGUAGCAGCUAAAAAGGAGCAUUUUAUAACUGUAAACUAGGAAAUAGAAAGAAGAAAGAAAAUAUGGUUCCCAUGAAAUUCUUUUGCAAAAUAGUGGGCAGCAAAAGAAACAAGUUGGUUAGUAUAGUUGUUUGCUUAAUUGAGCAUCUCUCUUCUUUUCUC